GGACGCGAACGGUUUGUUUUGGCUGAAAUGAACGUACCUAUUGGUAUAGAAAUAAAUAAAUAUGAGUGAAAAAUUAAAAGAACUUCGAGAGAGAUCUCAGAAAAGGAAGAAGUUACUUGCACAAACACUAGGACUAAACGUAAAUGAGCUAGGACAAGCUUUAGGUGCAAAUCUAGAUGUACCCGCAAAGAAGCAAACGGUGUCAGAUGGUGGGGCUGAUAAUGACAAGCAAGUAACUAAAGAGCAACCAGAUGAACUGGUGUAUACAGACUCCUCUACAUUUUUGAAGGGCACACAAUCCUCGAACCCACACAAUGACUACUGCCAGCACUUUGUAGACACAGGACAGCGACCGCAGAACUUCAUCCGUGACGUGGGCCUCGCAGACCGAUUCGAGGAGUACCCCAAACUGAGGGAGCUGAUCAAAUUGAAGGAUGACCUCAUCGCACAGACUGCCACGCCUCCUAUGUACUUGAAGUGUGAUUUAAAGACGUUCGACCUGAAGGCUAUGGGCAACAAGUUUGACGUACUCCUGGUGGAGCCGCCGCUGGGCGCGGGCUGGCGUUGGCAGGACGUACUAGCGCUGGACCUGCAGGUGUUGGCACAAGCACGGUCCUUCAUUUUCCUCUGGUGUGGCAGCUCCGAAGGUCUGGACAUGGGUCGCGAGUGCCUCAAGAAGUGGGGCUUCCGCCGCUGCGAGGACAUCUGCUGGAUCAAGACCAACAUCAAGAACCCCGGACACUCCAAGAAUCUGGAGCACAACGCUGUCUUCCAGCGGACCAAGGAGCACUGUCUUAUGGGUAUCAAAGGCACAGUGCGGCGCUCCGUGGACGGAGACUUCAUCCACGCCAACGUGGAUAUCGACCUCAUCAUAUCCGAAGACCCUGAGUUCGGCAGCACCGAGAAGCCGAUAGAGAUCUUCCACAUCAUGGAGCAUUUCUGCUUGGGCAGGCGGAGAUUGCACCUGUUCGGGCGCGACUCGACCAUCCGCCCAGGCUGGGUGACCAUCGGCCACGAGCUGACCAACUCCAACUUCAACGCAGAGCUGUACUCGUCAUACUUCAUGGAGGGCCACCACACCACCGGGUGCACGGACCGCAUCGAGGCGCUGCGCCCCAAGAGCCCGCCCAACACGAACAAGGGCGCCCGCCCGAGGGGCAGGGGCGGGUUCCGCGCUAGAGGCCGCGGCAGGGGGGCUUUGUGAAACCUAACUAAACAGUGGCCCCGACUCCUGCAGACACUUUCUAAUUUUAUUUUAAGUUGUACCUGUCAUUUUCUUAUCCGCCGAAAAGAAAAGGGACGGAUGGUUGACAACUGUUAAUUUAAAAAUGAGUGAGUAUAACCCGGGCGAAGAAAAGAAGCAUCACGCUCAUAUGCAAUCCAUUUGACGUGUGCUGUCAACUUAAUUCUGUCGGGGUGUUGGCCAAUAUAAAAUUUUGGAAGGGUCUUUUAAAUUUCUGCCUAAAGUUGACGUGUGUUCCAUAAAUUUUAUGCCUGUCGAUU